AUGCAUUCACUCGAAAAGGAGGCGAAUGCGCGUCCAGAAAAGCCCUCUUCAGGACUCAAGAAGCGCUUCUGGAAGGAUGUUAGUGUUCGGAAAAAGUCAGAAGGCAAUUACGAAGUCUUGCUGGACACCCGCCCCAUAAGAACGCCGUCCAAAGAUGCCUUGUCCAUACCCUCGACGAAACCUUACCUAGCGCAUGCGAUUGCUUUGGAGUGGGAUGUGAUGACUACCGCCCAGCAAGCUCUGAAAAAUCAUCUUAUUCCGCUGACAUCUCUUACGGCGCGUGCGGCGGAUAUUGCUCGAGAGGAUGAGGAAGGCAUAUCGUCCGCAAGGGAUCAGAUUGUGAAGACCGCGAUGCGUUAUCUGGACACCGACACACUACUAUGCUGGGUGCCCGAGCCUGCUGACUGUCUUAGAGAAACCAACGAAAAUGGUGAAAAACUCGAAAGUCUUCGAGAGGCGCAGAUGAGGGUCGCCAAUGAUACUAUUGCCUUCCUGGGUACCAAGGUCUGGCCCGGAGUUGAUAUUCGACCAAUUCUAGAUGCCGACAGCAUUCUGCCCGUAUCCCAGCCGCAAGUCACCAAGGAUAUCAUUCGACAGUGGGUCAUGAAUCUGCAUGCUUUUGAUCUGGCUGCGCUUGAGAGAGGUAUACUCGCAGCGAAGAGUCUUCUGAUCGCUGUUCGACUGGUCGCUGAGUGGAGCGAGAACUUCCGUGGCUUACAACGACCUGGACAGAAAAGAUUUGGGAUUGAAGAUGCAGCAGAAGCGUCCAGUAUGGAAGUUAAGUGGCAGACGGAUAUGUGGGGCGAGGUGGAAGAUACCCAUGAUGUCGACAAGGAAGACCUUCGUCGACAGCUAGGUAGUGUUAUCGUUGUAGUGAGUGGAGAGACUAGGUGAAGCUCGGGCUAUACAGCCAUCAUUUAAGACUGUUGGUUUAUGUAUGUAUUUUACUCCAUGUAUAAUAGAUUUUACCUUUUCCUUCAACCGUGCGCCCGUUUGCCGAAGCGCGCGAAGCGAUGAGCAGUUAUACUCAAUUGUCGG